AUCAAAUUCCAUCUACCCUACAACAACAUAAUCAAACCCGUAAAAUUGAAAUCAUAAGGAAUACAAAGUUCAAUACAUAGCACAGCGAUACAAUACAUUUCCUUCGUCUCUGCCAUGGCAGAUCGUACAGUUUUUGAUUCCCCGUCGAGGCAAAGUACCUCUUCUCCCAGCAAUAACAAUCCUGCGACUAUCAAUCAUCGUUCUAGCUUUGCGGAAAAUCUGCGACACUCACCAAGAGCUCAAAGACAUCCAUCAUUCACACAAUCUGCUGUUCAGGAGCUCCUCAACCAUCCUCCAGUUCCCAAAACUGGAGAUCCAAGAUUUGCAGGAAGGGAUUGGAGACAAAUACAUGUUGGAGAACUUGUGCAGGAAACUGAUAUUCAUUGGUGUGAACUCGACACAGAUGUCGAACAUGCGACAAAGGUUCGCAUGUAUAUCUUCACAUUUUAUAAAUCGAGCUCUAAUCUUUUUUAUAGGCGCUCAUAGAAUCCGGUCCACCAAAUGUUAUCCUCAUCCGCGAAACUGCAUAUGAUGUGGCUGCUUGCGACAGCUUCGAUUACAAUGACCUUAAUGCAUAUCUACUGGUUGUCCUCGGACUAGCAAAUCCCGAUGAAGAGCAAAAAGAAACAUAUUCUCAAUUAGCAAGCAAAGCUCGGGAGCACGUACCUAUCCCACUUCGAGAUGUAAUCACACUUGCGAAGAAGGAACCUCUUACAACACUUUCAGAGUCAGAAGACCUUUCUAAGGCCGUGGAAAUAUUUGGUAGUGGUGUUCAUCGCAUUCUUGUUUGCAAACCGGGAACUACAACAGUCGUGGGAAUUUUGAGUCAGUUGAAACUGGUCAAAUUCUUGUGGGAUAAUGGUAGCAGUUUUCCAGCUAUUGAUCAGUUAUAUCCAAGUAUACUACGAGAUUUGAAUAUUGGAGCACAGCAAGCUAUUGCAAUCAAGUGGGUUUUCGGUGUCCUCACCAAAUGACUUAUGCUAACAAGGGAAUAGUGGCGACAAACCUCUCACGGAAGCUCUUCAGCUCAUGAGUAACGAAGGAUUAACAAGUAUUGCAGUAGUUGACAACGCUGCAAAUGUUGUUGGCAAUAUUUCAACAGCUGAUACUAAACUCCUUACACACACAAGUAGUCUACCUCUCCUUCAAUCCUCCUGCAUACACUUCAUCUCUGUAAUACUGAGUGAACGAGGAAUUGGUGAUGGAAAAGAUUCCUUCCCGGUCUUUCACGUCAAUCCAUAUUCAACCCUCGCUCAUACAGUAGCAAAACUCGUCGCCACCAGAUCCCAUCGUAUGUGGGUUGUCGAGUCUGCAUCUCCAUCUCCAUCAGCACCAGCAACACCUUCCCUUGGAUACGCUUCCGUCGUCCAACAACCAAGCAGCAGUGGUUCUGUACCACCUUCACCAUCAUUUCCUGCUGUAUCCGCCGCAGCUUUACCCGGUGCGCGUAUCUCAGGUCGUUUGACAGGCGUUAUCACACUAUCAGAUAUUCUAAACCUCUUCGCUCGCACAACAGGUCUUAAUCCCAUGGAUCCAAAUGAAUCCCGAGCGAGAAGAAGAAGGAGCUCUAGUGCUUCUGUAAGACCAAGUAUGGACUCUUCAAGAGGAGAUUAUCUGGAUACAAUACGGGGCGAGCGUGGAUCGAGCGUUGAUCUUAGGAAAUGAAGAAUCAUUGUGAUGGAAGGUUUCCGGAUAUCGAUCUCCCGGGAUGAACGAAGGCAACAGAAAUGAACCAGAAUAACUUGGAAGCCAUAUGGCAAUGUCGAGGGUUACCUAUGAGAACUGAAUAAUUCAUCGAAACUUGAAGUGGACUACACAAAACAGAGGAAUUCUGAGACGAUUCCUGCAGCAAAAGUCAAAACACUCUUACAGGAUCUUUUGCCUAAUUGAAAUAAACAGAGCAUGAGGAAACCAAAGAGCGUAAAUCAGGGCUUCAGUCCACCAAAGUAAGGAAGUCUAGACCAAAGGUGCGUUUGAUCUUUAUAGUGAGCAAAGCGUCGUUUAUGACAGGUUGCAAUUUUCUUUACGGACCACAUGCGUGCUCUCUAAUUUUCUUGCUUGCUUUUCUUGCUUGAUUUUCUUCGAGUUGAAUGCAUCACAUCAAAUCAUGCGUUGCGGUAUGAGAUGCAAGACACGGAUGGAGAUGCAGUUCCUGCUUAGAUACCUACCAUACAUAGCAUAGCAUAGUAUGUAAUAUGACUGGUCUGAGAAAUUAAUUAU